AAACGCAGUCUCUGGAAUUAGGCAGAGAGAGAGAUCGAGCGAUGAACUACGAGCUUGCAGCGGUGAAGCUGCUCUACGCCCAUCUCAAGCACGCAGUCGAAUCCCCUUCCGAGAACGCCAUGGACCUCCACGGCAUCCUCUUCCAACGCGCCUGGUUACAGGGCAUUUUGGUCUGGGCCUCCCCCGACGGCGACCGCUUGCUUCUUGACGACGGCACCGGAGUCAUCGAACUCUGCCUCAAUCCUGAGUUCCGCCGCCGCGGUUGGAGAAUCGGAAUGUAUGUAAUGGCUGUUGGACGCUACACUGUGCGUACAGAUGAGCCCCCAAUGAUCCAGAUUCACAAGAUGGUUGAUCUUUCGGCUUCCCCUGAUCGAGAGGCGAUGUGGUACCUUGAAGUUUUGGAGGCUUAUAAAUUCUUCUAUCAGCGCAUGAUUGACGACCCUAUGCAUGAUUGAUACCUUAAAAGCUGUUUUCGACCAUUUAGCAGAGACAAGCAGAUCAAAUACCACUCACGCAGUUCCUAAACUGAAGAAUUUAUGUUUAGUUAAGUUCCUACACAAAAAUCCUGCACAUUUUUUUACUCUUUGUUUGACAAAAUGUCACAUUGUAUAUCUCCUUUCGCAUUUGAAAUCCCUUGCUUGCUGAAGGUCCAACAUCUCUUUAAAAAUUGGGCGGGGACUUGUAUGUUCAUUGACUGAAUUGGAAUAGUUUCAAUUUAAUCCUUUAGCCUCCAAAUUUCUCUAUUUAAAAGAGGUUCAUCUAUCUACGUCACCAAGUACUUGUACAGAGGGAAGUAUGAAUGAUAUUGUAGAAUAAAGAUACAGACAGAGGAUAGUUGGGAUUUGAAAAUGGCUCACUAGUUUCAUCAUAUGUGACAAUUACUUUAGCUAUUGUCUUUCUGGUAAUUAGUAAUGACUAAUUACCACUUCUUAAUCUUGAUGUACUCUUAUUGAAUUUUAGCCUCCAAAUUUCUCUA